AUGGAAUUGUACGCUUCUCCAUUUCCAGCAAAAUCCCUGCAGCGGAAGAAUCUGAAACAUUUAACGCUUCGGAAUAGCAACUCAAUUGAGGUCAACGAUGAUGCGGCAUCCAGUAAACUACCAUCGCUCCAUAAUAGGGGCAGCUUGAAAGAAAAUAGAAAGUCGAUCCCCUCGUCUGUAUCUGGUACAUCUUCUGUGAACACGAGUGCUGCACUUAUACCGUCACCAGUGGAUGAGGCGGGCAUCGGACAAUUUUCUCGCUUUAAUAGAAACUUUAAAAAGAAACUCACUUUGAACAUAACAGUACCUGAACCCAAUAGUAGUGUUGCUUCCCCAAGUGGUAAAUUGAACAGCAACAAUUCGAAGACAACUCGUGAUAAUUGUAUUCGUGUAAGCGCCUCGGAGAGAGAGACACUGUUUAACCAGGAUUGUCCCUAUCAGCUGCAAGAUUUGGUCCAGUUGGGCAAGAUAGGUGCAGGGAAUUCAGGGACCGUUUUGAAGGUGCUACAUGUCCCAACGACAAAAGUACUCUCGAAGAAAAGUAUUGUGAUUGAGAAGAACAACGAAGUCAUCAAAAAUCAGCUGCUGAGUGAGCUGUCCAUCAUGAAAACUAUAAAGCCGCACCCGAAUAUAGUUAAUUUUUAUGGCGCGAUGAUAAACCACACAAUAAACGACGAAAUUAUCAUACUAAUGGAGUACAUGGAUUGUAGUUCGUUUGACAAAAUCUUAUCCGUUUACAAGAGUUUCCAAUCAAGAAAAAUGGAGAAUGGGCUCCAAGAAGGAGUGGAACACAAACAACUCACUUGGUUCAAUAACCCUCUGGUAUUGUCCAAGAUUUCCUUUGGCGUGCUUAGUGGACUCGCAUACCUCUACGAAAACUACAAAAUUAUCCACAGAGACAUUAAACCCUCGAAUGUGCUGUUGAACAGCAAAGGGUAUGUCAAAAUUUGCGAUUUUGGCGUUUCCAAGAAAAUGAUAAAUUCCAUCGCAGACACUUUUGUAGGAACUUCAACGUACAUGUCGCCGGAGAGAAUACAGGGGAACGUGUACUCCACCAAGGGGGACGUAUGGUCUCUUGGACUAAUGAUCAUCGAGCUGGUCACUGGAGAAUUUUCACUUGGUGGCCACGAUGACACUCCUGACGGAAUCUUGGAUCUCCUGCAACGAAUCGUCAACGAAAAGGCACCAAGUUUACCAAUCGAAGAGUUUGACUUUCCGCCAGAUCUGGUUAACUUCGUCUCUCGGUGCUGUGUCAAGGAUGCAAAAUACAGAUCUUCGAUAGCAGAGCUCCUCGAACACGAUUUCAUCACAAAAUAUAAUAGGGAUUCCCCCAUCAUUCAAAGGGAAUUCAGACACUGGUGCAAGAAGAUCAAAGCAAAAUCAAAGGAGGAUAAGGAGAUACGACGCGAAAUCACUAAAAGGGCAUUACUAGAAAAAAGGCAAAUGGAAAAAUCGGCAAAUGCAGUGAGGAGAACACGGAGGUAG